AUGGAUGCUAUUAUUCAAAGUAUUCUUCAUGCUAAUGAUGACAAAGGUGUUGAGGAAGUUGAACCUGACCUGACAAAACAACUUGAUGAGGUUGAAGAUGCAAUGGAUGCUAUUCUUAAAGGUACAGAUGAAAAAAUUCAGUCUGAGAAUGAGGGUAAUCCUGAACCUGAAUUCAUUGAAGGAAAUGCAAGUGAUGUUCUCCCAGAGAUGGUGAUGCUAGAUCUAGAAAGUGUAGCAGACCUACUUGGAGCAGGAUAUAGCAUGGCUGAAAUAGAGAGCUUGAGAGGGGUUAAAGUUGAAUUGGAUGAUAUGCCAGCAGUUGAGAUGGAUGUGAAUGAAGUUGAGGAUAUUCCAUAUGUUGAUGGUGUGAUGGAAGGAAAUGAAGAUGAUGGUCUUAUAAAUGAUGGUGUGGAGGGAAAUGAGGGUCAUGGUGAAGGUGAUGAUGCUGAUGAAGUAGCAGGUGAGGGUGAUGGUGAGGUUGAUGGUGAUGGUGCUGGUGAGGGUGAUGGUGAUGGUGCUGGUGAGGGUGAUGGAGAGGGUAAUGGUGCUGGUGCUGGUGAGGAUGAUGGAGAGGGUAAUGGUGCUGGUGCUGGUGAGGAUGAUGCAGCAGAUAUGGAGGGAAAUGAUGCUGAUGAUGAAGGUCAUGUACCACCUAGAAGGACAAGAAAGCCCUCAGAAAGGAUCAUCCUGCAAAAGCUGAAGAAACCUUGUUUUGACAAAGAUGGAAGGGGUUCCACAUCUAGCUAUCCAGUAGAUUUGGAGUAG